UCACUGCUCCGAGGACUCUGGGAACUGCCGCCCUCUCCACAAGCUGCACGCUUGCGCAAAAGCGCUAGCGGUCGCCCUUCCCCCACCUGCAGUCGCGAGUGGGUGACAGAGCCCCCUUCUCCGCGAGCCUCGUGACCCGGAACCGCGAGUGGAGGCUAAACCCCUCCAGUUGUGCCUUUGCGCUUCUGUGCCUUUACCCCAACCCAGAAAAUGAUGGGGUCCCAGGGAUCCGUUUCAUUCACUGAUGUAACUGUGGACUUCACCCAGGAGGAGUGGGAGCAGCUGGACCCCUCGCAAAGGAUUCUGUACAUGGAUGUGAUGCUGGAGAACUAUAGCAACCUGCUCUCAGUGGAAGUGUGGAAGGCUGAUGACCAUGUGGAGAAGGCCCCCAGAGACCCGCAUAAGCAGGCGAGGUCACUUACACCCCUCAAGAACCAACCACCAACUGAAGAAAGAGGCAGUCUCUUUGGAAAGACAUUAAAUCUGAACACAGACUUUGUUUCGUUAAGACAAGUUCCCUAUAAAUAUGAUUUAUAUGAAAAAACUUUGAAGUUCAGUUCAGACUUACUUAGCAGUAGAAGCUGUGUAAGAAAGAAAGGAGACGGGUGUGGUGGGUUUGGAGAACCACUUCUGUACCUGAAGCAAGACAAGCCUCACGCUGGGCUCGAGUACUCAGAAUAUAACGGAAACGGGAGGGCUCUCAGCCAUAAGGACGCCAUCUUUAAACAUCAGAAAAUCAAGAGCUUGGUUCAGCCCUUCGUCUGUAAUUACUGUGACAAGGCCUUCUCCUUCAAGUCACUACUUGUUAGUCACAAGAGGAUCCACACAGGAGAAAAGCCCUAUGAGUGUAAUGUGUGCCAGAAAACCUUCUCCCAUAAGGCCAACCUCAUCAAACAUCAGAGAAUUCACACCGGGGAGAAGCCCUUUGAAUGUCCUGAGUGUGGGAAAGCAUUUACCCACCAGUCCAACCUCAUCGUGCACCAGAGAGCACACAUGGAGAAGAAGCCCUAUGGAUGCAGUGACUGUGGAAAGACGUUCGCUCAGAAGUUUGAACUUACCACACACCAGAGAAUCCACACAGGAGAGCGGCCCUACGAGUGUAGCGAAUGCGCAAAAACCUUCUUUAAGAAGUCAAACCUCAUCAUCCAUCAGAAAAUUCACACCGGGGAGAAACGCUACGAAUGCAGCGAGUGCGGGAAGUCCUUCAUCCAGAACUCGCAGCUCAUCAUCCACAGGAGGACUCACACUGGGGAGAAGCCCUAUGAGUGCACAGAGUGUGGCAAGACCUUCAGCCAGAGGUCAACGCUCAGGUUACACCUGAGGAUCCACACGGGAGAGAAACCCUACGAGUGUGCGGAGUGUGGGAAAGCCUUCAGCAGGAAGUCUCGACUCAGUGUCCACCAGAGGGUUCACACGGGAUAGUCCUGAGGCUACAGGUAGACUGCUGCAGAAACCUGGCAGACCAGAAUUCUUCCCGUGACGGGGACUCCCUCAUGAAGAUACUGAAGGAGCUUUGGAAAUUCUAUUGAGAUGUAAUUUAUCUAAAAAAACUUUAGAAAAAAGGAUACCUAAGAAUAUUAUACUGAGGGCUGGAGAGAUGGCUCAGAGGUUAAGAGCACUGACUGCUCUUCCAGAGGUCCUGAAUUCAAUUCCCAACAACCACAUGGUGGUUCACAACCAUCUGUAAUGGGAUCCGAUGCUGCCUUCUGGUGUGUCUGACAGCUAUAGUUUACUCAUAAAUAAAAUAUUCUUUUUUUUUUUUUAAAGAUCAUACUGAAAGUUAUAAUAUCCAGCUAAAGAGCACAUAUCCAAAUAUAUUAAUGUAUUUCAGUACAUACAGUCCAGAUCCAGUUGUAAAUAGACACACCCAGCUCUGCUUCCCUGAGCUUUUUUGGCUUUUUGUGCUCCUGGGAAUCACAUCUAGGGUCUCGUCUGUGCUAGGCAAGAUUCUUCUCUUUCUUUUUUUUAAAAACACUGAUCUUUAUCUGCAGUCCACAGUGAUUUUUUAAGAAUCUUGAAUGACUUGAAUAUUUUAAGAGGAAAUAUAAAGCAUAUAUAGACGGUACCUUAGAAAUUUUUAUGUAAGGAUAUGCCACAAAAUACAAAUUGUUUUAAAUCUGUUUACAUAAGUUUAAUAGCUACUAUAAAUUUGAAAUUCUCACCUAUGAUAAUUGCAUCGCAGCAAAAGGUUUCCAAACUCAACAUCAUGUGUGUCUCAGUAUCUUUCCCAUCCAGCAUGCAUCCAAAGGAAAAAUGUGAUGGACCUUAAAGUAGCACGGAGCCCAUCUUCCUCUACAGCUGCCUCAUACAGGCUGAUGUGACCAUUGUUACUGAGCUGCCUGGUCACUAAAGCAAAGGCAGUAUUGUUGGAGUUCUAACCUGCUUCUGGGUCUGAAGAUUUUCUAAAGUAUUUAUAUAAAUGUGCAAAGGUCUUAGAUAAUUCAGAUCUAGAGAGAAAGGAGGCAGGUGUGCUCUGACUGUGUACACUACAGAAUAGAGAGAUGGCUCUGACUCGGUGUGCACUACAGAAUAGACCUGUGCUCUGACUGUGUGCACUACAGAAUGGACCUGUGCUCUGUGUGCACUACAGAAUAGACCUGUGCUCUGACUGUGUGCACUACAGAAUAGACCUGUGCUCUGACUGUGUGCACUACAGAAUGGACCUGUGCUCUGACUGUGUGCACUACAGAAUAGACCUGUGCUAUACUGUGCAGAGAGUGUCCUCGUCUCUCAUGCUCCUCUUCUUUCUCUGAGGUGUUUACAUACACGUGCAUGUCUAUUUCCAAAAUAAUGUGUACCCCAGAAAACUAUUUUUGUAUGUUUCUGUCUUCCUCUUAUGAAUUGUCCUUCCAAAAAAAAAAAAAUGAUCGGGGUGCCCAUGUAACUCUCAAAUGUUAUAUUUCACAGACUUUAAAGAAAAAACCUGAAGAGC